AAGUUUAUAAGUCAAUGACAGUGGUCUGAAUUUCACUAAUACUAUCCAUAACUUGUAAUACUUUUCGUUUUCCAUUAUUUUAAUCAUACUUGGAUGACUAAAUUAAUAAUUUCUACAGUUUAUAUUCGUUUUUAAUUUUAACAUCUACCAGUUUAACAAUUAAUGAUUUUACAUUUUUAAAAAUUUUCUGGUAUUCAACAAGAUGAUUUUGUAAAUUACAGUCUUAAAAUGGAACAAUCAAUUAAUGAAGAUAACAACGAUAUUGAAGUGCAGUUUAUUGAUGAUCAAUCAGUCAUCCAUAUUAUUAAAGAUGAGACGGCACAAGAGAAUACUUCAAAAAUCUUAACUGGAACACCAAAAAACCGUAAAGAUAUUGUUCAUAAAUCUGCAGCAUUAAUUAAUAGUAAAAAAUCCAACCGAACAUCAAAUGAUAAUAGUUAUGACCGAAAACAUAGUGACAAUGAAUUAAAUACCAUAUUAAAACCAAAAGCAUUAUUUGUGGAUGGAGAUGUUCCAGGUGAAUGUAUGUUUAGUUUUAAUUCAAAACAUAGAAAAUCAUCUACAAAUCAACUAUCUAUACCAAAAACUCCUGCAAGUAAAAAAAAAAUGAAUACAAUUAUUGGUAUUAAACAACAUAACAAGAGUCACCAAGAUGACAAUACAAUCUUAUUCUAUGAUGUAAGUGAAAACAAAUCUGAAACGCCUUACAAGAAAUUAACUAGAGCAUCAUAUAAAUCAGCUACACCAAAUGCCAAAAAUGAAAUAUCAAACGAUGAUAGUAAAUUUGGUUAUGUUACACCUACAAAAUCAAAAACUAUGCAUACUCCAAAUAAUAACAAAACUAAAAAUGUUACAGAAUGUACAACUUAUAUUAAUUUAACUCCCAAAACUCCUAGGUCGAAGAAAUAUGUUAGCACUGAAGAUAUGGAAACAAAAACACCUAAAACUGUCCGAAAACUUCUUGCAAAAGGAAUAGCGAUUCAAAAAAGUGAAUUGCUUAAUGAAUUAAAUGAUUCUGAUUAUAGUAUCAGUGACAAAAGUGAUGAAAGUGACAGUGAUUCUAAUGAUUUAAAUGAUAACAUAUUACAACCACAAGUAAAUUUAUCUAGAGAUGUUUCAUUAAGAAGAUCAUGUAGAAAGAAAGAAGUACCAUAUGUGUAUAGGUGUGAAGAAUACUUCUUAUCUAAAUCAGCAAAAUCUAUUAAAAAAUCUAAGACAUCAGAUAAUACAUUAAAAUUAUUGAAAAAUCCUGCUUUAGAUAAAGAACAAGUCGAUAAAUUAUCAGAAGAUUCUAACAUUACACACAAUAAAAAGUUGAUAGCUCUUUAUAAAGAUAUUAUAUCAAAUUUUCCAUACUGGUUGUGUUUACUAAAGGAAGGGUUUAAUUUAUUACUUUAUGGAUUUGGUUCUAAAAGACAGAUUAUUAAUGAUUUUAGGAUAUCUAUGUUAAAGAAUGAGUCCACAUUAGUUAUUAAUGGAUUUUUUCCUGGACUAACUUUGAAAGAAAUACUGGAAUCCUUAACCAUUGAUUUACUAGCUCUAGAUAGUUGUCCAGGAAGUGCUGAACUUGUAAUACAGCAAAUUGAAGAAAAACAAAAAUUAAAAAAUGCUGAACAUAUUUAUAUUCUUAUUCAUAAUUUAGAUGGUGUUGAAUUACAAAACUACAAAAUACAACAUGUACUUUCAAGGAUUUGUUCAUUAAAAAAUGUGCACCUUAUAGCAUCUAUUGAUAGAGUAAAUGCAGCUUUGAUGUGUGAUAAUACAAAAUUGGGCGAUUAUAAUUUUAUAUGGAUGGACUGUACUAAUUAUUUACCAUAUACUGUUGAAACUGAUUUUGAACAAUCUGUAAUGAUCAAAAAUAUAGGAACACAACAUUCAUUAUCAGGAUUAAAUAAUGUUUUCAAAUCACUUACAUCUAAUACUAAAAAAAUACUGUUGUUGUUGAUUAAAGAUCGUAUUGAUAAUAAGAAUGAUAAAAAAUAUGGAGGAGUUCCAUUUUCUAUUCUUUAUCGCUGGUGUCGUCAGCAGUUUCUAGUUAGUACAGAUUUAGCACUGAGAAGUCAACUAACCGAAUUUGUUGAUCACGAAUUAGUGAAGUGGAAACGUGAUGCUGAUGUUCUUUAUGUUCCUGUAGAUGUUGAUGUUCUUAUUCAGUUUUACAAACAAAAUGAAGAUGACAAUGAAUAAAAUUCAAUAUUUUAUGUAUUUAGUUUUAAAAUGCCUAAUAGAAUAAUUUGUGGAAGUACUUAUAAAUUAUUA